AUGGCAACGAAAUUAAUAUCUCAAGCAAAUGAGGAUGAAGAACUUGAUGACUACUGUGAUAUGAAACCACUAAUAAAAAUAAAUGAAGUAUCAGAAAUAUUGGACAAAAAUGCGGACCAUUUUAUUUCAUCACAAUCAAAAUUAUGGAGUAAUAACGAAGAAUAUUUAAAGAGUAAAAAGAUUGUGAACGGAUUAAAAGUUACAAAUGAUACAGCAGAAAGGGGUGUUAAAUUAAUAACAGAUUACAACUCAUGUAUUACAAAAGAGGAAGAUCAAAAAAUAUCUUUUGCAAGUAAUUGCUGA